AUGUCUGGUGUGUGGAUAUUUAACAAGAAGGGCGUGGCCCGUCUAAUCUCCAACCCCACAAAAGAAUCUUUCGAGCACAAAGAGCCGACUGUUCGGGGAAUCGCUACGGCACCAGGCGCCCGUCGCCGAAUCCUGGUGUACAUCCCUUCGAACCAGGUAAUCAAAUCCUACGCUGAGCUGGAGCAUAGCCUCCGAGAACUUGGCUGGAAGCGUUACGACAAUGGCCAAAACCCCGAUCUCAUACAAUAUCACCGCUCGGAGACUUCGGUCCACCUCAUUUCCCUCCCCAGAAACUUCGCCAACUUCAAGUCCACUCACAUGUACGACAUCGUCGUCAAGAAUCGCUCUUACUUUGAGGUCCGAGACUACAGGCCUUAA